AUGAAGACCACUACGCUUUUCCUUGCUACUGUUUUAUUAGUCUUAGGUAUUGCAUCUUCAAAUCACACAAGUCAAUUAGGACAAACUUCUCCUAAACCAGUAAAUAGUAAUACAACCCUCGAAGGGGAGAAUGAAAUCGCAGAUGAGGGUUGGGAGUAUGAAAACCAGUCUGUUGUUGAUACGCGAAGAAUACUGUAUAGCAAAACAGUAGGAAUAGGCAAGAGGCCUUAUAUGGUGUACCUCCAACUUACUAAAGAAUCAGCCAAAGCUCACAAAUAUCGCGGUUGGCUCUGCGGCGGAGUCAUACUUAAUCAAUACUACGUCCUGACAUCUGCAGCUUGUGUGGAAGAUGCAGAUAAAUUCUACAUUGUGUCCGGUACAACAAAAUAUGUGGAUAGUUUUGACUACAAAACCGAUGACUGUGUUUGUAAGCACAGACGAAAAGUUGUUUGGAAAUGUAUUCCUAAGAAUUACAAAUUUGAUUUUCAAGACAGUAUUAAGUGGUCCUCAAAUGAUAUAGCCAUCGUGAAAGUAGACAAACCUUUCAAACUAGGAGUGACUGAGAAAGGAUGCGAAUUCGCAACUGAUCUUAUUUGCUACAACAAUGUUAGUAGGGAUCUAGAAAAGGCAGGAACCAAAGGCUUUAUAACUGGAUGGGGAAGCGGUAAUAAUUUUAGAGAGGGAGUUUAUCGUCGCCAAAAUUUACACAUACCACAGAAUGCUAAGGUUUUACAAGAGGCAAAAGUUUGCAUAAUGGACAACGAACAGUGCGCCAAAAAAUGGGCUCAAAAAUUCAGAAAUAUCAUAACACAGUACAUGAUAUGCACUAAAGAUGUUAUGAAACGCCUCAGCGAAAUUUGCGACAAACGAUAUGCGAACUGCACGGACGUGGAAAGACGUCAAUUAGAACAAGAAAAUGACCAAGAUCAUUCUCUUGUACAUGUUGAUUUAGGACGACAUCUCCGUGACCCUGAAGAUUAUACUGCACGACGAUCGACUAAGCAAGGAGGUUUCUGUGAGAACGAUCACGGUGGUCCUCUCAUAGUAAAGUACCAGGGUAAAGAACGUGUGGUUGGAGUCAUAUCCGCAUGUAAGAUCGACCCGAAGAGUCACAGUUGCCACGGACCCUUCCUCUACACCAGCGUCUUCAAGAACCGACAAUUUAUAUCUUGUGCAAUUAACAAGGAAGUUGAAGAAAGCUGUAGAAGAGUUUUCCGUACCGGAAUAACUCACGAAGAAUGGUCUGUCGAGUGGAACAAGGAAGACGAUGAUGAUGAUGAUAAAGCAGAUGACAGGUAA